UAUUCCUGACUCUGAUGGUGCUCGCCGUGGUGGCGCAGCAGCCGAAACAACCGCCGACCGCCGAGCCGAUUCCGAUCAUCCGUUUUGAGACGGACGGACCCAACGUCGACGGGACUUAUAAAUGGGCCUACGAGACGGGCAACGAGAUUACUGCUGAAGAAUCUGGUUACGUGAAGAACUUCGGCAAGGGUGAGCCUGAGGAGGUGCAGGUUGCCGAAGGAAAGUUCAGCUACAAGUCGCCCGAGGGACAGCUCAUAUCUCUCACCUACAUCGCGGACGAGAACGGUUUCCAGCCACAGGGCGAGCACCUUCCGACCCCGCCGCCGAUCCCGCCAGCCAUACAAAAGGCCCUGGAUUUCCUCAAGACCUUACCGCCAACGCCGGCCUCAACUAACCUGCAGCCUCAGUACCAAGCGGCGCCUUUUAGGAGAUUCUGAACUAGCAUUUACGUUCCAUCGCAUAGACAAAAACGUAUAU